CAUUUUCUUUUUCUUCUUCUUCUACAAAGCUCAAGAGGCUCUCCGCCAGUUCAAAUGUCUAAGCUUCUGCUCCUCCAAUCUCCUCACGUUACUCCAAGAAUUCAUCAGUAUACAACAUUCGCCGCCAUCUCCGUCUUCUCCUCUCGACCUAGCCUCACUUCUUCUAUUUCUCCUCUUCGAUACUAUCCCCUUGCUUUCCUCUCCAAUCCUCCCUCUUCCCUCCUCCUCCCCCAUUCCCUUUCUUCCUCUUCGUCUCAUUACCAAAGGAGGAGCUUCUCCGCUCGAGCUUUCGAUGAUUCCUCCUCUCCAUCAGAUACCAGACGACAACCACAACAACAAGAAGCAGAAAAUGAAAAAGUAAAAGAAGAAGAAGAAAGAGAGGUUUUGAUGGGGAAACCUGAGGAUUUUCCAAGUGGAGAGUUUGUGUACGAGAAAAUGAAUGCUUGGAAGAGUUUUAUAGUGAAGCUUCGUAUGCUGAUUGCCUUCCCCUGGGAACGCGUUCGCAAGGGCAGUGUCUUGACCAUGAAACUUCGUGGCCAGAUAUCUGAUCAGCUAAAGAGCCGUUUCUCUUCAGGACUGUCUCUUCCUCAAAUUUGUGAAAAUUUCAUAAAAGCCGCUUAUGAUCCUCGUGUUGCUGGUAUCUAUCUUCACAUUGAACCCCUGAAUUGUGGGUGGGGAAAAGUUGAAGAAAUUCGAAGACACGUGUUAGAUUUCAAGAAGUCAGGUAAAUUCAUCGUCAGCUAUCUUCCUGUUUGUGGAGAAAAAGAGUAUUAUCUUGCUUGUGCAUGUGACGAGCUAUAUGCACCUCCAAGUGCUUAUUUUUUUUUGUAUGGUUUGACCGUUCAAGCAUCUUUCCUUGGAGGUGUUUUUGAGAAAGUAGGAAUUGAGCCACAAGUGCAAAGAAUUGGUAAAUACAAAAGUGCUGGAGACCAACUUUCCAGGAAAAAUAUAUCUCAAGAAAAUUAUGAGAUGCUGAAUGCACUGCUUGAUAACAUUUAUGGGAACUGGCUGGAUAUUGUUUCUUCUACAAAAGGUGCCGUACUCUGUUCAUGGCUUUGGAUCACUUUUAAUGUAUCAAAUGAAAUUUACAGUAAAAUUUACACAGGGAAAAAGCGAGAGGAUAUUGAGAACUUCAUUAAUGAGGGUGUUUACAAAGUAGAAAUGAUGAAAGAAAAUGGCCUGAUAACAGACAUACGCUAUGAGGAUGAGAUUAUCUAUAUGUUGAAAGAGAGACUUGGAGUUCAAAAAGAUAAAAGUCUUCCCCGGGUUGAUUACAGCAAGUACUCUAGAGUUAGAAAAUGGACUCUUGGUUUAACAGGGGGUAAGGACCUAAUUGCGGUUAUCAGAGCCUCUGGAAGCAUCAGUCGUGUUCGGAGUCCCUUAAGUGUGCCUAGUUCAGGUGUAAUAGGGGAGCAGUUCAUUGAGAAGAUUCGCACUAUAAGAGAAUCCAAAAAAUUUAAAGCAGCUAUCCUCCGCAUUGAUAGCCCAGGAGGUGAUGCCCUUGCUUCUGAUUUAAUGUGGAGGGAAAUCAGACUUCUGGCUGCAGUAAAGCCUGUCAUUGCAUCAAUGGCUGAUGUGGCUGCCAGUGGAGGGUACUAUAUGGCAAUGGGUGCAGGGGUUAUUCUGGCUGAAAAUUUAACGUUGACCGGUUCCAUUGGAGUUGUUACUGCAAAAUUUAACUUGGGAAAACUAUAUGACAAGAUUGGCUUUAAUAAGGAGACAAUAUCAAGAGGAAGAUUUGCUGAGCUUCUGGCUGCUGAACAGCGAUCUUUUAGACCAGAUGAGGCAGAGCUUUUUGCUAAAUCUGCAGAGAAUGCAUAUAAGCUAUUUCGAGAUAAAGCCGCUUUUUCAAGAUCCAUGCCUGUAGAUAAAAUUGAAGAGGUUGCACAAGGCAGAGUCUGGACUGGUAAAGAUGCAGCUUCACGAGGUUUAGUUGAUGCUAUUGGUGGGUUUUCUCGUGCAAUAGCUAUAGCAAAACAAAAGGCAAAUAUACCUCAUGACCGUCAGGUCACUAUUGUUGAAAUUUCGAGACCUUCUCCUACACUUCCAGAGAUAUUAAGUGGCAUUGGAAACUCUGUAAUCGGAGUUGACAGAACAUUGAAAGAAUUGCUACAAGAAUUGACAUUUUCGGAGGGAGUUCAAGCCCGGAUGGACGGGAUUAUGUUUCAGAAAUUGGAGGGAGCUCCUUAUACCAACCCUGCCUUCAGUUUGAUAAAGGACUAUCUUAGCUCUCUAUAGCAUUAAAUUGUUGGUGUCUCAAUUGAUUUUGCUAAGACUAUUUCUGUGAUGGGAGCAUCCAUUGAUCUCCUAGUAUGGUCAACAAUCGAAGUCAAGGAAAGGUUUCAAUUUUUUUACAGUCUAGGCACUGGUACAAGCAUAUAGCAGUGUACAUUACAAAAUCCAAGUUGAAAUCAGAAGUGAAAGCUUCCCAUUUCCUUUUUCUGGAAA